UCGGAUUACAGAGCAUCCGGAAAUUCGACCGUCAAAUACAGCGCAUUGAUAGGAGAUUUCACUGCGUCUGUUCGACGAUGACAUUGCCUUUCACAACUUGUCGACAGAAGAUGAAAAGAAAUUGAAUUUCAUAAAUUAGACACUGUUCCGUCGAUGUACAGAUACAAUACAUACUGUCUACGUAUGUGCAUUCGGCAUAUUUGAACGCGAAAUUUACGAAAAUUUGACCGUUGAUUCAACGGCAAUAUGCCAGGAACCGAGUCGAUGAGUCAAUACAACGUAGCAGAGAUAUGCUCACUUCCUGAAGUGUAAGCUACAUAAUAUAGCGAAAUGAUGAGUGGGCCCCGAUUAUCGCCCUAAUUGUAUAGGAUCGCGACGAUAGUGCAAGCUGCAAUUACGGUUGCCACGUGCGGUAAAACAGCUAUUAGGUAAACCGUGAUUCAUCGAAUGGACAAGUAGAUCGAUCUACAACAAUUAUGAAAAAGAAGCACAAUGAAUAAAUCCAGAAAGAUAAAACGUACAAAUGUCUGCAGCGAACCAGCUAUCUGCACUGAUUCGUCCCAGACCGCGAACCGGAUGACAGAAAACACGUAGCUGGACUCUCCUUAUCAGCGAUAACUACGGCCCAGAGGCGGAAAAUUGUCAGUAACGGUUUGACAGCGACUUUAUAAGGAUGGUUCUAUUCUGAUAUAACGAAACGUGAUAUCGUUGUACCGUAACGUUGACCGGAGUAUAGUUAUUGAGAAAAAUUAAUCGUUCCUUACUCCUUAAACGAGUAAUAAUACGAUAGACGUAUACAAUUUGUACACUGUGCAGGUAUAUUUGGGUUUUGGCACUCCCUGUAAAAUACCUGUACGAUCGAAUAUCAAGCGUAAUCGAGUUCACAAUUUGCAUUUCCACAAAUACAAAUACCUCUCAAGGAACCUGGUGAAUUUUCAAUCCAUCGGACCAACGGAUUUCAAUAAUUUGAGACUGAAUUACAAUGCGGCUGCAGCUUAUAAUGCCUUGGCAACGAUGACUAAGAUGACGAUCGGGAAAAAAAUCCUGCUACUCAUUGGGACUCUUCAAGUGUUACGUGCCUUUGGAAACGAAGAGCGGCCCGGAGGAACCAAAUUGACCGGUAGACUCGAGGAUGUCCGGUCACAAUCUACCUAUCCCCUGGAAUACGAAACAAUUUUAUCGCGGGAUUAUCUGGCUGUAAUCGCAACAAAUCCGACCACUGUACCUUCCGAAACCGUCGAGUCAAAUGGAGCGGUAAGCUCGACCGAAAGUUCCAUCGAUAAUUAUUCAGGGUCAACCGAAUCUGCGGAAUACGGUAAUACAAUUCCGUUGAGCACACACUCGAUUGUGACGGACGCGACUACGGUAUACCCCGUUGUCGAAACCCCAGCCGUGUAUUCGACCACUGAGGAAGUUACCGAAGAAAAUGAAGCAAAAAGUUUUUACAAUAUCCACGAUACGGUCGGGCGAAUAAGCGAACCUGACCAGCAAGAUGCGUGCGAAGGUAGGCCAGAUAGCGUUUACAAUCUGAGUGCGAAUGUCUUUGCGGAAAGCAUUCUCCUUACUUGGGAGCAUCUGACAUCGAGCGAUGGAUGCGUAAAACUGUAUAACAUAACAUGGUAUUCGGAGAGCAAGGAUUUUGAAUUUCGUUACAUAAAUUCUACGGAAUCGGAGUAUAACGUAUCGAAUCUAACGCCGUGUACGACAUUCAACAUCGGUGUGGUAGCCAUUGGAAUAAAUGGCUACAACAGCGAGGAACGAGGUGUUACCGUCACCACUGGAGAACUGCCGAUACCGCCGAUUGACAAUUUGACGGUGCAAAGCUUUGAGUAUGGAUUAAACGUCUCGUGGGACCCGCCGGAAACGGUGUACUGCCUGGCUUCUUAUCGUGUCAGCGUACAAGCGGUGGAUGAGGCAUUCGAAACAUCGGUAGAUGUUUCACGUCGAGUUACAAUGCACGCGUUCGAUAACUUGCGAGCUUGCACGAAUUAUACUGUAAAGGUAGUUCCGAUCAGUUCGGAGGAUACCGAUGGUACCGUUGCCACUGCCAAUGGCGAAACAUCGAUUAGCGCGAUACCACAAGUUAAUAACUUGAAUGUGCUGAGCAUCGACUGUGCGCCGAGCAUCAAUUGUGAACUGAUCGUCACCUGGGAACCACCGGACGAAACGGAAUGUCUGGAUUCUUAUCUCGUUACGGCAGGAACAGUGGACGACACGUCUCUUUUAGUUUCCCGAACUGUCUCAGACGAAACAAAAUCGUAUAAAUUUACCGACUUAAUGGCCUGCACGACGUACGUGAUACAAGUAACUCCGAUUGGUAGGGACGACAACCACGGAAUUGUUGCUACCGUCAACGGUACAACGAAGGAUAGCGGAGUCUUGGGAGCGGUGACCGAUCUCGUGGCGCAAGAAAUAACGUCAUCUUCGGUUCGAGUUACCUGGUCAGCGCCAACCUUGAACCUGGCUUGUGUUAAAAAUUACUAUGUUACCGUUUGUAGUGAUAUAACUUGUGACAAAAACUUCGUAGAGAGCUUGUACUAUAAUGCAACUGGGCUGAAUCCGUGUGUGACCUAUACUCUGAGUGUGACCGCACUUGGGGUUGUAGGCAUAUCCGACGUCAGAACUACGAGCGCUGAAACAUCAGACCUCACACCCGGUGCACCGACUAUUGUCUCGGUGAGACCUGGCCAAUAUUCGUUGCAUAUAUCCUGGCAAGCGCCAUCGGUCGGUCGCACAUGCAUACAAAGUUAUCGUGUGGUAACAUGGCAAACCGGAGCAACUAGAACUACAAAGAAUACCAACAUCACAAUUUCUAAUUUAAAUGCCUGUGCGUAUUACGAAAUUGGAAUCACACCGAUCAGUAUCACCAAUCGCGAGGGUCAGUUUGGAGUAGCUAAGGGUACUAUCGAAGAGAGUGUGGAAAUCCCGCCGACCCCAAAUGUGGAACCCUCGGUAACCGUGAACUCCAUUACGCUCAGCUGGCGUAUCACCAGGCAAAUGAAUGCCUGUAGAUUGAAAACUAUUCUGACUACUUGCGAUUUCGUAUCAACCCAUGGACAUGGCUUUGAAAUGGUCAGUGGGAGAUCUGAAGUCGAUAUUCCCAGCUCCGGAAAUUCUAUAGUUAAUGUAACCGUUGGUGGUCUCAGUCCGUUUACAUCGUACAACUGUCAGGGAUUUACCGAGAAUUAUGCCGGGUACAGCCGGGCAUCGGAUAACGUAUCCGCAAGAACAUCGGAAGAUGUUCCAUCAAGGCCUACACCCUUUGUCUCGGAUGUACAAAGCUCUACGUUUCUUAUCAACUGGACGGAGCCGCGGUAUCUGGCAGGAUAUUUGAUCGAAUACGAGCUCUACGUGUUGUGGCAACGGCAAUUUCCAAUGCCCGGUUUGUGUGAAUACACAAACUCUUCCGUGACGAUUUCUAAUAUCUCAGGGUCGGAUCUCCGCUACUUUUAUUCGGGCGCGGAAGCUUAUUCUAAAUACACCGUAAGAAUCAGGGCGAGAACCAAUGCUGGUUGGGGCGAUUACGGCUACUACACCAAUUUUCAAACCGAUCCAGAUGUACCUGGUGUCGUUAACAAUGUUUCGUACAUAAAUACAACGAAUGCCAAUGACUCGAAUGUCUUGGAUACUCUCCUUUCGUGGGAGCUACCGUGCAAAUUGAAUGGAAAAAUAGAAAACUUUGUCGUAAGCGUAAAUGGAACAAGAAAUGGCUUUGAAAAUCACGUCUUCAAUGAAAUAUACAAUGUUAGCGCUGACGUUAACAAUGACGAAAGAUUCACGCUGAACUUGGGAGAGUUGAGAGCGGAAUAUAAUUACACGUUCGAGAUUGCGGCUAAAGUUGAAGGAAUCUCGGCGUACGGGCCUUCGAGUAGUUGCAACGUAAUUUAUCCAGCUGGCAUUCCAGUUGCACCGGCGGACUGGUACAUGGCAAAAAUAAAAAUUGACCCGCAUAAAGCUGAAAGAAGUUCAUCCACAGCAUUAGUUGUAUUGCCUCUAUUCGAAGACACAAACGGUGAAAUACAGUUCUACGCGGUAACUAUAUCGGAAAUGGGUUACAAUAGCCCGGCAGAAAGUAGAUUUGAUACAACGGGCGGAAACUGGCCGAGUAUGAUCUCCUGGCAGGAAGCAAUGUCUCGCAGUCCUAUUGUUACGUAUCAAGCGACUGCGAUUCGGUGGCACCCUAACGCAACCAAUCAUAUUUAUGAUUACGGAACUUUGAAAGCUGUAAGAAUUAUGCUGGGCGAAGAUAUUACGUGUCCGCGAUCGUCAACGUCAAAUUCUGAGACGGUAUACUGCAAUGGGCCGCUUCGACCAGAUACGUGGUACCAAGUCAGAAUGCGUGCAUUUACGAAUGGAGGAUACCGCGAUUCAUUGGCCAUUGUCGCCAAGACAGAAGCUGAAUUCAACUUGGGCGUGACUAUUGGGGUGGUGUUUGGAAUAUUAUUUCUUGGAGUAAUAACCACAAUGAUGUUACUCGUUCGUAGGGGUGUUAUACAAGCGAUAGUUAGAAACUUUCUGCAUCCUAGCGUGCCAAGCUCGCCUGUGCCUGACCCGUUUACAAGAAAGAAAUUUGAACUUCACUGCCAGGAGUUGAUAUCAAAUCCUGGAAAAUUAAACAAUGAAUUCCAGCUACUCCACACUUUGAGCGUCGAUUUGCAAAUGUCAACGAAUGCUGCUAGUUUGCAAGCUAAUAAAAAAAAAAAUCGUUACAUGGAUAUUUUACCAUAUGAUAUUUCAAGAGUCAAACUUGAUAUUCUGGAUAACGAUCCUAAUACAGACUACAUAAACGCAUCGUUUAUAAAUGGUUACAGCGGGGCUGUGGAAUACAUUGCUUGUCAGGGUCCCAAAGAGGAAACAACAUCUGAUUUCUGGAGAAUGGUCUUUCAGUAUAAUAUCAAAAUUAUAGUCAUGGUUACCCAGUUGGUUGAGAAAGGCAAAGAAAAAUGUUACCAAUAUUAUCCCAACACAAGAGAAAGCUUUGAAUACGAAGAUAUGACUAUAAGAUGCAGCACGCAACUUGACUUUGAAUCCUACAGACAACGCAUUAUUACCUUGCAAAAGGGCACCGUCAGAAGGACCAUAAUGCAUUUGCAUUUCAAAGAUUGGUCGGAUCAUGGUGUUCCCGACGACGUGCAUUCUAUGAUCCAUUUUUGUCAAAAAGUAAGGAAACAAAUAGACGGCAACAGAGGUAUUGCCGUUGUACACUGCAGCGCUGGAGUGGGUAGAACUGGAACACUCAUAGCUAUAGAUAUUCUACUUCAGCAAAUAAGGGAUAACAAAAAACUUGACGUAUUUGGAACAGUAUACAGAUUGCGACAGCACCGCGUUAAUAUGGUCCAAACAGAGAGCCAAUAUGCUUACAUAUACAACUGCACAAAGCAAGCGUUGAGUAAUCCUUACGCUUUUAAAAACUUCAAAUCGGCAUCCGUCGAUCCGAUAUAUGAGAACCAGAUAAGGAAAGAAAAGGAAAUUACAGACUCAAAUACGAAUCUUGUCAACAGUGCCGAAACUUUGAAAAAAGUCAGCCCUUCUUCGUCCAUUGAUUCUAUGGAACAAAUUUUUGAGAUUAGGCCACAGAGACCAAUCCUCGAAACAAGACUGAGCUCUACCAGCAAUGGUUUGAGGUAUACUAAAUCAACCGGUGCAAUCGAUAGAUCGGUUUCACCAGGUGUGCAGAUGGUGAGGUAUGGGAGCCAUGAAUACCCCAUAUUUGAACCAGCACCGGAUUCACCAGGCAGCCGUGGCAGUAUGGAACGGAACAGUUUGUUGGAUUUAACACGACCGACAUUUGAGAUUGGAGCACCCUAUCCAUCAUCAAUUAAUCAAGAUGAUAACAUAGGAUAUUUAUAUCGUGCGAGACCUAAGUACUAAUUGAAGGCUGAUAAUAUGAAUGGCUGAUAAUACUACCUAUUGCGGAUAGAAUCCAUUGAACUCUGGCAACACAGCGAUGUGAAAUAUGAAAUAAUGUAUAAAUUGCCUGUCAAUCUUCGCUUUAUUAUUUUUUUUUUUUUUUGAAACAAGUCGCGAAAAUGCUAUGAGACAAAACGACUAAUUCAUGUUGAACAUCUUCAUCCUGAACCGCCUGUUAAAAUUGAUUAGAGUCAUGCCUCUGAUUAUGUUUGUAUGUAAUCAUAUCGUUGGUUGGUGAAUUUACCAACGAUACGCUAACAGCCGCUGUGAAGCAAUUGCUGGUACGAUAGAAUUAAGAUUUAGAUUUGUAGAUAUCUCAUUAAGUUUAAAUUAAAUGUUAGAGAAAAAUUGUAUUGUAACAGUAUUGUAUACUUAUAGUAUGACAAUGAUAUACAUUCUUUAGUAAUA